CUUGUCUCGUGAAGCAGCAAGUGGAGGUGUGUGGAGUGUUAUAAAAGAGCUAAAUUAAUGUAAAAGUUCCUUCUUUUUCUUCUUUAUUUCUUCAAUCUCUCAAAAACUCUGUAAAAUCUCAUCCAAUUUUCCAUUUCUUCUUGCUCCCUCUGUGAGGGGGAAACAUAGCUCUCUCAACAUUCAUUCUUUUAUUCCUCUCUUUUCCACGGAUUUCCUCUGUUUUCUUUACGGCUUCUCUCAUAAUCUCAUUCUUCCCCUCUACGGUAACUGGAUUUCGUUUUUCAGGCCUCAAAAUGUCGCAUUCUCUCAAUCCCAUUUCGGACUACGACCAUCUCUCCGAUCGCUUUCGUGAUUCCCUCAGUUGUGAACCCAACAAGCCUGAUUUUCGCGACCUAGAUCUGGGUUCCCCUGUUUCGCCAUUACGAACUCGGAACCAGACUGGUGGCGGCCCUGCUGCGAGUAGUAGUUCCAGCUCGUCCGGGUCGGUUUCUGGCCGGAAUGCAACGAACCCAGUUGCCAAAAGAUCUGAUUCGGGUCCUAAUAAUCAUUCCGGUGAACUCUCUGGGUCUAGCGAGAGCAGCCCAACUGCGGCGGAGAGCCUCCGAUCCAUUGGGACUCCUAGGAAUUUCAAGUCUGGUCAUACUAGAUCCGAUUCUGGAUCGAGUCAUCCGUUAAUCUAUUCGGGUCAGUCUCAAACCUCUGUUACUUCCCCGUCGAAUGUGCUUCCCACCGGUAAUAUUUGCCCUUCUGGAAGGGUUUUGAAAACGAGCAUGCCGUCGACCAACCGGAGUUCGAGAUCCGAUGUUUUGGGUUCUGGGUCGGGAAAUUACGGCCAUGGGAGUAUAAUGCGGGGCCUCGGCGGUGUUAAAACCGGCGGCGUUGAAUCGGUUAGUAAUGUUAGCUCGAGGGCUGGUUGUGGUGGUGGUGGUGACUCGCUGAAGAGGGCGAAACAGAGUGGGGAUCCAGAGGAGUUGAAGAGAGCUGGAAAUGAACAAUACAAAAAGGGGCAUUUUGCUGAAGCUUUGAGUCUCUAUGAUCGAGCCAUUGCGGUUUCCCCGGCCAAUGCAGCUUACCGGAGCAACCGUGCUGCUGCCUUGACCGGCCUCAGGCGGCUUGGCGAGGCGGUAAGCGAGUGCGAGGAGGCGGUAAGAUUGGAUCCCAAUUAUGUGAGGGCUCAUCAGCGUUUGGCAUCCUUGUUUCAUAGGUUAGGACAUGUAGAGAAUGCCAGGAAACAUCUUUGUUUUCCAGGCGUUCAGCCUGAUCCGAGCGAGCUGCUGAGACUGCAGGCAGUCGAAAGGCAUAUAAGCAAAUGCAGGGAUGCCCGUCGACUCAAAGAUUGGCGAAGCGUAUUGAAGGAGGCCGAUGCUGCGAUUGCCGGUGGAGCUGAUUCUUCGCCUCAGCUGUUUAUGAGUAAAGUGGAAGCUCUUUUAAAGCUUCAUCAGAUUGAAGAUGCUGAAUCCAGCUUAUUAAGCAUUCCGAAGUUACAUCCAUCGAUUAAUACGUGCUUACAAAUGAAGUUUUUCGGGAUGAUUUCGGAAGCUUACUCUCAUUUCAUUCAUGCCCAAAUCGAGAUGGCGUUAGGAAGGUUUGAGAAUGCAGUUACGGCUGCUGAGAAAGCUGCACAGAUUGAUCCUCGAAAUGUAGAAGUGGCAAUGCUGCUUAGUAACGUGCGGUUGGUUGCACGAGCUCGUACUCGAGGCAACGAUCUCUUUAAAUCAGAAAGGUAUACAGAAGCUUGCUCAGCAUAUGGGGAAGGACUUAAGCUUGAUCAUUCGAACUCGGUCCUCUACUGCAAUCGAGCAGCCUGUUGGUUUAAACUCGGGAUGUGGGAGCGGUCUAUCGAAGACUGUAAUCAAGCGUUACUUAUCCAACCGACUUACACGAAGGCCCUCCUUCGAAGGGCUGCCUCAAAUAGUAAGCUCGAAAGAUGGGAGGAUGCUAUACGAGAUUACGAAGCUUUAAGGAGGGAACUUCCAGAUGACAAUGAAGUUGCUGAAUCUCUUUUUCAUGCUCAAGUCGCGUUAAAGAAAUCACGUGGUGAAGAAGUUCAUAAUCUGAAGUUCGGUGGCGAAGUCGAGGUGGUUUCCAGCAUAGAUCAGUUCCGAGCUGCGAUAUCGUUCCCAGGCGUGACUGUUGUUCAUUUCAAAGUAGAUUCCGAUAUACAAUGCAAGCAGAUAUCGCCAUUCGUCGACAUCCUUUGUCGUCGCUAUCCUUCCAUUAAUUUCCUCAAGGUGAAUCUGGAAGAUAGUCCAGCAAUUGCAGAUACCGAAAACGUAAGGAUCGUACCGACGUUCAAGAUUUACAAAAGUGGAAACCGAGUAAAAGAGAUCAUAUCUCCGACUCAUGACAUGUUAGAGUACUCAGUGAGGUAUUAUAGCUUCUUAUAGAACUCGAGUCUCUAUUACUGCAACGACCCAUGCUCGCUCGCUCGUUUCCUAAUUCUCCUCUCCCUACCGAACCCCGAUUCGAACGAAACACCACCCGAAACUACUUCCUUCGAGACCUGAUAACCCCGAGUAUUUGAAAGCUCAAAAAUAAUCCCAUAAUCCAAUCAAUGGGGCAUCCAGAGAGAGAUAGUUUAGUUCAUUUUUGGAGUUGUUCUUAUUAUUCUAUUCAUUCAUUCCUCAUUGCUCUCUGGUUCCAUCUCCUUUUGUUACAUAUCAUUUUCCCAUAAGCUUGCCUUACAUCACUUCCUCGCAUUAUCGGUAUCGGUCUACAUUUUUGAGAGGGAGAGAAAGAAAUGGGUGUUGGUAAGUGAGGAGGAGGAUCUCUGUACAUGCAUAUAUGAUACAUACAAGAACAAAAAAACCCCAAAAAAACACCAAACAGGAGGAGGGCAGGGGAAUUGGAUGGAUUGAUGGGCAUAAAAAUGGUGGAUUUGUGAUGGGGUUUGUGAAUUGAAUACAUUGUUAGUUCUUCUGUUCUUCAAACAUUUUCUCAUUUAAUAACAAACAAUUAAAAAUCAAACUUGUUCAU